AUGUUAAGAAUAUUUAGUAAAUGUAGAUUCUCAACUCAAAAUUUUUAUUAAUUACUGGGAGUUCGUAGAGAUGCUACUAAUGAGGAAAUAAAAAAACAAUUUCAUAUUUUAGCCAAACAGCACCAUCCUGAUUCACCAAAUGCUAAAGAGAGUGACUAAGUAUAAAUUAAUUUAAAUAAUAGGAAUUGUUUAAAACAAUUGUAGCAGCAUAUAAUACUUUAUCAGAUGAGAAUGAGAGAAAGAAAUAUGAUAGGAUUUUGAUUGAUUAAUAACAAUAAUCUAGUGGGAGAUAGUAGAAUUAAGAAACAAGAACCUAAUAUUCUUAAUAAUAAAGUCAAUAGCAAUAGAGACCUAUAAAUCCAAAUGCUUAAUUUUACUACGAUUUUCGUAAAAAGACAUAAGAUUUUGAGGAGAAAGACUUUCAACGAUAAAGGAAUAAAUAUAUUGAAGACAAUCCAUUAUUCCAUAGUAUGAGAAGAAGUCCAGAAUUAUAUGUAGUGAGUUUGGUGUUGUUUGUGAUAAUGUGGAGAUGGAAUUCACAAAUGAUUGAAGAGAGAUCAUAAUCGAGAUAUUAAUCAUUUCCAGAGGAUCCAGAAUUCAUUAGAGAGAAAGAAAGAGAUUACAAAAAGCGUUAUGGUCAUUCACCUUAUCCAGAUAGACAAAUCUUGUAUAAAGUGACAGAGACUGAAUGCAAGUAAAUAGAUUUAAUGAUAAUAAAGAAAUAUUCCAAUUGAUAUUCUGGAUGAAAUGGAUGAGAGUGGUAGAUACAACUUGGCCCCAUUAUGUUAUGAGAGAUUAGAUAGAUUCAGAUCAGAAUAGGGAGUAUAAGUUAUUUAGGCAAGCCAAGGUUCAGAAGAUACAGUGAACAAAUACUUAAAAUUGUCAAAAAGAGCAUAAAUUAAAAAAUAAAUUGUGGAUGAGGAAGAUGAUGAUGAUGAAGAUGAACAAGACGUCUCAAAAUUAUAUGAAUAGGCAAAGAUCUUCAGAAGAGUAAAAGGUAUAGAAGGAAAUCAUCUAAAUUAGUAAAAUGUGCAAAAACUAUACGAGAAUUAGUAAAAAUAAUAAUAAUAAUAAUAAUAAUAAUAAUAAUAAUAAUAAUAAUAAUAAUAAUAAUAAUAAUAAUAAUGA